AAGUAACAAUAUGUUUAAAAUCAAUCCAAAACGUGCAAUUUUGUGAAAAUAAGAGAACUGAUAAAUAUCGAUCUAGUAUCGACUAAUAUCAAUACCCCCCCUCGGUCUCGACGCCGGUCGCUAUUUGUAUCGACCCGCCCACCCUCGACGUGAGACUCAGUGACGCAAUGAAGGCGAAAGUGCUGACGACAUAGCGCGAAAUUAAACAGCAGCCCUUUUGAUGUAGUUUGGGAAUAUUUUCCAAUAAAAAAAGAGGGCCAACUUACGUAAAAUGUGACGGCUGAGUAAAAAAAAAAUUAGAAAAAUUAAAAAUAUCGAUGUGAAAACGGGAGGGACGACGGCAGCUCGUUUGAAUGAAAAUCGUCCCUCCCUCUUUUUCUCUCCUCCUCCGCUCCCUCUCUCAUGUGAACCGGCAAAACACACACACACUUUCUGUCAUACCGGGGGAAUAAAGGCGGAGGAUUGACUCAAACACCGACGCUGCCCUCCUGGAUGUCUCAUCUAACACGCUUUGGGCGAGCUACAUCAUUCGUGUGCGCGGGGAAAGACGCAGCCCGCCUGCGGAAGUGGAUACUUCAUCACAACAUCCGGUUUCGGUUGCUGUCUUUGCUCAAGUGACAGAGGAGUGUGCCCAGUGAGUGUCACCGAAAGGCCAGGAGUCCUCACGGACAACAGGGGGCAGUGGCAGACAUGCAGGGAUCGGCCUUGGAUGGCAAAAUGGCCAAACAGGAGCAGCAUUCCCAGCUUCCGGAUGAACUCAAAGAAAGCGAUGACACAUCAGAGAAGACGUCCCCAAACAAGAACCUCAAAUCACCACAGAAAAGCUCCAAGCGGCUUAAAACAACACCAUUUAAAAUAGCACUGCUGGAUUCGACGGAUUUCGACGGAGAAAUGGAAAAACACUCAAAAGGACAAAUGCUGAUGGACAUGGUGUGUGAGCACCUCAACCUGCUGGAGAAGGACUACUAUGGCCUCACCUUCGCGGACACUGACACCCAAAAGAACUGGUUGGACCCCUCCAAGGAAAUCAAGAAACAGAUGCGCAACUGUCCGUGGCACUUUGCCUUUGCUGUCAAGUUCUACCCUCCGGACCCCUCUCAACUCACCGAGGAUAUCACCAGAUACUACCUAUGUCUGCAGCUGAGGGAGGACAUGCUGUCAGGUCGACUGCCGUGCUCGUUCGUCACCCACGCCCUACUGGGUUCCUAUACCGUUCAGGCGGAGCUCGGCGACCACGAUCAGGACGAGCACGGCUCGGACUACGUCAGCGAUUUACGUUUUGCACCCAAUCAGACUCGCGAGCUGGAGGAGAGAGUGAUGGAGCUCCAUCGAAACUACAAGGGUAUGACUCCAGCAGAGGCUGAAAUUAACUUCUUGGAGAAUGCAAAGAAACUGUCCAUGUAUGGGGUGGACCUGCACCACGCUAAGGAUUCGGAAGGGAUCGACAUAAUGCUGGGCGUCUGUGCCAACGGCCUGCUCGUAUACCGUGAUAGGCUGAGGAUCAACCGCUUUGCUUGGCCCAAAAUCCUUAAGAUCUCCUAUAAGAGGAGCAACUUUUACAUCAAGAUACGGCCUGGCGAGUAUGAGCAGUUUGAGAGCACUAUUGGUUUUAAGCUUCCCCACCACAGAGCUGCCAAAAGGCUGUGGAAAGUCUGCAUUGAGCAUCACACCUUCUUCCGGUUGGUUUCUCCAGAGCCGCCUCCUAAGGGCUUCUUGGUGAUGGGCUCAAAGUUCCGAUACAGUGGACGAACACAGGCUCAAACCAGACAAGCCAGCGCUCUUAUAGACAGGCCUGCUCCGCGCUUUGAACGGUCCAGCAGCAAAAGAUACCUGCUCUCCAGGAGUUUGGAUGGAGCCGAGUUCUCCCGGCCGGUGUCAGCCAUGUGCGGGAAUCACGACGGCGUCUUCCAUCACAGCAUGAGUGAACAGCCUCAUCUCCGCAGCCCAUCUGUGGAUGAGCAGGAGACUGAGCUGGAGCCCAGUUUGGAACAAGACGAGGAGGAUUUGGACCAAGAGCUGAGUCAGGACACGGAAAGAGAUGAAAACCAGGAUGGAAAUGUCACUCCAAGCAAGAAGAAAGAAAUUAUGGACGAGGCUGGAUCACCAGUUGACAGUAAACAGGAGCUGUGUCAGUUGGAGGAGGACACCACUUCCCAGCCAAAACAGGAGUUUCUGGAUAAGUCAAAGGAUGUCUUACUAAAGCACCAGGCCAGUAUCAAUGAGCUGAAGCGAGCCCUGAGGGAGCCCAACAGCAAGCUGAUGAGCCGUGAGAAGCGUCUGUCAGCAAGCUCGCCACCCGGCACACCAGAUAAAAAAGCUUUGGGGGGCCGAGCGGCGGAAACAGACUCCAUUAACAGCCUGUCUGUAGAGGGGUUCAUCCAGAAGAAUCUGGCGACUUCACCUGAGGGUUCUGAGGAGUGGGUAUUGAUUGAAAAACAAGACAGUUGUCAUCAAGAACAUGACUGGAAAGUGAAAGAAAAUAACUCUCCUCCAUCUGAUUCCUCCUGGGAGAAUAAACAACAGGAAAAAGUGAUACACAAUGCCAAAAUGAUGCAUAUUGAGGUGACAGGGUCUGACAGAAAAGAAACGAAAAGCCACAUUGAUGAAUGUCCAUCAACAAAAUCUGCCAAAGAGGUAGCUCUGCGCUCUGAGCAGCGGCCCACUAACAGAGGUCGUUUUGAGAUUCAAUUAUUGGCAAAUGCAGUGUUGUCUGAAGACAAAUCUCCAAACAAACCAUCUGAAGCCUUAAGCGCUGCACCGGGCUCACAUCAGAUGAAGGAAUACAUGGCUUCAAGACCGAGAAAAAAGAGGAGACCACAGAGUUUAAAUCUGGGAGUGCCUCCAGAGCUUGCCUCCGGGAAAGGAGGAAGCGAUUCUUCUGCAGACGAAGACGAGGAGUCAGACAGUAAAUCUGAAGCAGGAUAUUAUUGUCAACCAGCAGCGGAAGAGUUGAUGAGACUUGAUCGAGAACCAGAAAAGAGUGAGGCUGUCAGUGCCUAUGAAGACAUCACAGAGAACAUAGAGGAAGUAGAAAGUCAGGAUAAUUGCAAUCAAGAUGCAGAACAAAGUAAGGUAAGGCUAGCAGAAAUAAACGGACCUGGAAAAGUAGAUCAUGGUAGCUCAUUUUCAGGUACUAAAAGUGAGGGUGUAAUUAAGAUAAGGGGAAAGGGCUUCAUUGACAAUAAAGAGCUAGCAGAGGUCAAAUUACGACAGGUCAAAACUCAUGAGAGAAAGAUAAGUAACUCUGGAGCAGAGGAUAUUGAAGGUUUUCUGGGAGAUAGACGUCAAAGGACGUCUCUCCACCGGUUGUCAGGCAGCCAUCAGUCAGAAAUCACCAGGAUUGUUCCUCUCAAGCCAGAGCGGUCAAAGAGCAUCGCGUGUAAGGAUGACCAAGACAAGACCGGACAGGCUGAGCAAGCAAGGACUACAAGAAGAGAAUACCGCUGGUCGGUUGGCUCUCCAGAGGGCUCCUCAGACCUCAACUGGACUGACGUAUCUACCCUCCAUUCAGCAUUUGAAGUCGAUAUGGAGAGUAUCACUAAACAAGAGCAUUCUGAUGAUAGCUAUCAGUCCUGGAAAGAGUCCUCAGAAAGUCAGAUGUUUGCCUCGAAAAACUCAUCGCUUUCCAAAACGAUUCCUCCAGCACCACCAGUGAAAACCCAAAAGGCUCGAGAAUCAGGGCUGAUCCUACGAAACAGCCGAAAUCCAGUCAGAGAGCCGAGCCUGGACCAAGCCAAGAAGAGACAUUCGGAGCCCGUCCCUGCUCCCUUUGUUUAUGAUGAGCCAUUCGCUAAUUUCAAGAAGGAGCUGAGUGACAGCAGGCUGCAGGCAGCUGUAGCCAGUGAAGAGGAACAGCAGCAAGACAGCAUGGGCUGCAUAAGGCAACCUCAUUUGGGAAUUGAACGCAAGUGCUCCAGCAUGACAGUCAGCUCCACAUCGAGCCUAGAGGCCGAGGUCGACUUCACCGUCAUCACGGAUCUCCACCCCUGCAUUGAGGACAUGGCGAAAGGCGUGUCCGAUUCAGGAGAGGAGCGACAGCCCGAAGUCGGACGGGAGGACUUUGAGGAAACGUCCCAGUUCUAUUCAGCAUAUCUCAUGGGUUCAAGGGACAAAUCUCCCUUAGAGGAUAAACUUCCUGAAGAGGGACUUUAUCAUGAGCCACCCGUCGCAAAGAGAGACGCCGGUGCUGCGAGUAUGGCCCAGAUGCUGAAAAGGGCCGACUCCAAGACAGAGUCCCAUACUAAUGGUUCAGAGGCUCAGAUGAGCGUCUCACCACAGAGGCUCUCCUUCACACAAGAGGCUCCAGUCAUCCUUAAAGAAAAUGGAUCGCCUGUAAAAGGCGGCGUUCUAGGUAAAGACCCUAUAGUGUCCCCACUGACUAUCACUGGAGAAAGUGUCACCACUGCAACCACAACUCAAGUUACCAAGACGGUCAAAGGAGGAUACUCAGAGACCAGAAUUGAGAAAAGGAUCAUCAUCACAGGAGAUGAUGAUGUAGAUCAACACCAGGCCCUUGCUAUGGCGAUCCAAGAGGCCAAGCAGCAGCAUCCUGACAUGCUGGUGACAAAAGCAGUGGUAAUUAGAGAGACUGAGUCUCCCACUGAGGAGAUAAAACAGAAGUCCUGAUUGACUGUGGUGGCUCCUGAAGCGGAGGACAUGAGAGGAUCUUCUCCCUGUGCAGCAUGCCACCAAUUUGCUAAGAGGACUAUCCACUCCUCUUGAUUACACACUGACAGAACAGACUGUGAUCCACCCUGCAGUAGAUUGCUUCCUCUGUCCUCCGAGACAAACCGACUGUGACUCUGCUCUGACUCUUACGCUGAUCCGGACUCCCGGUCCUGUCAUAUUAACCUGGAUUGGUCAGGAUGGAUCGCCUAAUGGAGCACUAUUUGGCAACACUUUCUUGGGUUAGAUGUUUUACUGCACAUCCCUCCUUGCCUCAUUCACAUUUGUUUACAAAUGACUUCCUUAUAUAUUACAAAACUGCAUCAUUCUCAUGGAGUACUUGAAAUAAAUACAUAUAUAUGUUAAGUAAAAAAGCUUGGCUAAGAGAAGGGGGUGCAACGCUGGUGAUCCACCAUAUCGUCGCCUUUCGGUCAUGACAAACUUUUUACAUUUGUAUGUAAGGAACAUUCAACUUCUCUCCAGUAUUUGCUUGAUACAUAAAUCAGUAUACUAUCAGAUUAAUAUAAUCUGCAUGAUUCAAAUAAAAGCAUCAGGGGGAAUUAUUUAAAAAAACAACACACGGAGGGUCUCAUGUGAAAAAUACAUUUUUGUUGGGAAAUUAAUUAGCCCUUUAUGCAGGACUUACAAGCAACUUCCAAAAAAAACAUCGGACCAGCAGGUGGUGGACUUUUUCAGAAUUUCCUGGACUCUGCUAUCAAAUUGAGACAUUCUGCUUUCUUCAAACGAUGGAGAUCAUAAGUCGUACUCAAUUUUUGUCAUCGAUUUUACGUAGUUUUUUUAAUGCUCUGUUUCUGGGGCAGGGGCCAAUUUAAUUAUUAAUGUUGAAUAUGUUUUUGAAAUGUUUAUGCGUGAAGUUUUUUUUUAUUCUCCUUGCCUAAAUGCCUAAUUAUACUUUUAUUUGGCUGACAUGAUCCAAUAAUGUAUACAUGUUAUACUUGUGAUCUUUCAUUCUUUGGGUGUGAACAUGCUUAUAUGCCACUCUUGUAUAUCCUGUUACUUUGCUAUAGGUGCUGUGUGUGGUGGCAAAAUAUACAUUUUUGUUUUGCAAUUAACUGAAUCCAAUUGCAGCAAAGAAAAAAAGCUGUUCUGCUCAUUUGUGUUCCAUCAAAUCUGUCAAUAAUACAUUCUGGCAUCAGUUCUGCAUUUAUGUACCAAAACACUGCUGUUAUAUUCUAAAAAAGUAUUGUGACAUUUUGGAGCCGCUGUUAUUGUUACAUCAAUAGGAGUAGCACCUUAUUGCUUUUGUAACCUUGACACGCUUGCUGCACAAAAGUCAGCUAUGUGAACCACUACACUACCAACGACCAAAGCUGAACUCAUUUAUCACUUGGGAUGGGCGAUAUGACCUAAAAUCUAUACCGCAAUAUAUAUUGCAUAUUCCUGCGAUAAGGAUAUAUAUCACAACACAUUAUUUGGCAAAUAAAUGACAGUAGAACCAGUUCAAAACAGGUUAUAAAGGCUGCUAUUUUAGCUGCUGAUGUAUACUUGUAUUCUUUUAUCAAAACGAUUAUUAAUCUACCUGCUAAUUUACUGUUAAUAGCUGGUUACUUUGUGUUGUAACAUCACUGACUAAAUACUUUUUUGAUCACAAUUAUUAAAAACCAAACUGAAAGGCGGUGUAACAUUUUAUUUUUUUAGAAAAUAAAUAGAGCAAAAUAACUAAACAUAAGCAAAAAUUGGCUGGUUUUUUUUAAAACUAUACUCAGAUUUAAAGUCGAGGACUUAUUUCCUGAAUUAUCAGGAAAAAGUAUCAAUGUAGUUACAGUAGUAUUGACUUUAUACUAUAUUUGGUAUGGUUACUGUCCAUAUUUGUAUCAAUCUGCCUACCCCUGUUAAUAUACAAAAGUUUUAGCUUAGCAUGGCUUCUUGUAUCCUCCUACGGCGUGUAGUGUAGAAUGUUUAGCUAUUCCUCAUCCUCCGGUGAUGAUGUUUCUUGUUAGAAACCUACUUUAUUUGCCGCCAUUGAGGCCAGGAUUAGUUACCCGCUAUCACUAGCAAGGACGUUACCUUGCGUUGAGGAUACGGUCGUUCGCUUGUCACUGUCAAUUUGCCAGACACAGCUAGAACGUGCCAUCAAUUUGGCAGACGAUAGAGCGUUUAAUACUAUAGUCAUAUCAUGAUAAUGCAUGUUGAUAUCACUUAUAUUGUGCAACCUUAUUCAUCACAAAACUAUUUUACAGAACACAAUAAGGGGGGAUGUGAGAAUGAACCAAACCAUGAAUAUUGUGGAGCCUGGAGAUAAUUCAUCUGUUGAUGUGUGAUCAUUUCUUUCGAAGUUCCACAGAACAUUCAUCAUUUUGACAUUUGAUCGUGCAGUGAUUCACAUAUCUGACUUUUGAACUUGACAUGUGUUUCAUUCCUCAUUCACAACUGCCCUGUGAUUGACAUGUGAUCAGUUAAAUUUUGUUAAAAUCCUAUAGCCUCCAGCCCCUGUCAGUAUAAUAGCAGAAAAUGGUUGUACACUAUCUGGCAUCUGUCUAACAAUGAUUGACAUCAGCCUGUUUUCUUCCAAUUCCUUUUUUUGAAGUAUUAUUUAUUGCAAUGGUGUUGAUUGUGCUUUCUCUUCAACUUUAGACCAUGCUGAAGAGUGGUAGUGUGAAAUUCUUGGGAUGACCUUCGAUAGUAUACUAAUAUGCAUCGCUAUCAUCCACAUGAAUCCGUCCGAUAGAGCCUGAGCCGCGUCGCCGUCUGUGUUAAUCUCGUGCUUCUGGGUAAGCGAAGAAUGGAGUACGCUCCUUGUCAGAUUUGCAAUAAGCAGGCAUUUAUACUUAUCAGCUGUGCUCUAUAAAAGGAAGAAAACUGUGAACUGUCAUUGAAACGUAAUAAAAAAAAAGCUACAGCACGUAGUCAGUGACAGUCCGAGCUGAACCAGCAGCUUUUGACAUUCCCAUUGUCCGGUUCCUAUAUAUACUGUCCCUGGACUGUCAAGCGAGUAUGCUAUGUCACGACGCAUGCAGCACUUACACUCUAGACCACGGGCUAUUCAACUGGCCAAAUCCGGCACGGAUAUGAUAGCACCGAGUUCAGAUCGAAACUUGGGGGACAAACAUUUUUGCAGCAAAUUUCUAAAAACACUAUAAAGCUCCUGCUGUACAGAGAAACUUGGACUGUGAACACAUUGGCAGAUCCUUGCUUUGAGUAUUUAACUGAGGCAUUCCUCAAGGCACCCCUUUAAAGAGGAACUGCACUUUUUGGGGAAUUUUGCUUCCAAUCCUUAUGUAAGACACUUUUAAAAAAAAAAAAAGCAUU